AUGGGCACCGUCUUCUCCUUCUCACUCGAAGCGCUCUACGGCAGCUUGGCCGCUUUCUUUGGCAACCGCGAGAGCCGCAUCAUGAUCAUCGGCCUCGACGGUGCAGGCAAGACGACGUUCCUGUACAAGAUCAAGCUUGGCGAGCUCGUGACGACGAUCCCCACUAUCGGCUAUAACGUUGAGACCUUUGACUACAAGAACAUCAAAUUCACGGCGUGGGACAUUGGCGGACAAGAGACGAUCCGCUCGCUGUGGAAGCACUACCUUUCCAACAACGACGCCGUCAUCUUUGUCGUUGAUGCUGCUGAUGUCGAUCGUAUUGACGAAGCAAAAGAGGCGCUGCAUCUGAUCUUUGAAGCGGAAGAGCUCGCUCAUACCAAGCUGCUCGUGUACGCCAAUAAACAGGACCAGCCGCACGCUUUGUCGGCUGAAGAGCUGCGAGAGAGACUGGAGCUGGCUGACGUGACCCAGAACCCCUCGAGCGUCCAGGCUUGUGUUGCAACCACUGGCGAGGGACUGUACGAAGGUCUCGACUGGCUGAGCAAGGCGGUCACGGGUGAACUGGACGCGUAG